AUGGCCCCGCAGCUUCAGACCCAGAGCUGCAACGUGAAGCUCUCUGUCUACGGAGCUGCCAGGUCUGAAGUGGACUUAUUUCAAGUGGUGUACUUACAGCUCCGUCGCAGAGCCAUGACCGAAUGGACUCUGCUGAAGCGGCUGCUUGAUGCCGUGCACCAGCACUCCACCAUGGUGGGCAGGAUCUGGCUCACCGUCAUGGUCAUCUUCCGGCUGCUCGUCGUGGCUGUGGCCACGGAGGAUGUCUACGCUGACGAGCAAGAGAUGUUCGUCUGCAACACGGUGCAGCCGGGCUGCUCCAACGUGUGUUACGAUGCCUUCGCGCCCAUCUCGCAGCCCAGGUUCUGGGUUUUUCAGAUCAUCACCGUGUCCACGCCGUCCUUGUGCUUCAUCAUCUACACCUGGCAUAGCCUCUCGAAACGGCAAGCAGGGGAACGUACCAAAGAAGUAAGCGAGGCCUGCGACAGGAGCUGUAGUUCCGACAGCUGUUCCAUCAAGUCUCAUCGGCACCUCGGACAGAGUCUGGCGGACACACUGGAGGGCAUUGUUGCAGCAAACACCCAGAAGAGCCCAGGGGUCUCCAUCGCUCAGUCCACGGCCUGCUCAGAGGGCAACGGGCCUUCAGGGGUCCUAUCCAAAUACUACGUGUUCCACGUGUGCUUUCGAGCUGCCCUGGAGAUGGGCUUCGUAUUUGCUCAGUGGCUGCUGUUCGGAUUCCAGGUACCCUCUUGCUUUGUCUGCACAUCAUCUCCCUGCUCCCAGCCCGUGGACUGCUAUGCCUCACGGCCCACAGAGAAGACGGUGUUCCUCAUUUUCAUGUUUUCUGUUGGGGUCUUCUGUAUUUUCUUGAACUUCUUGGAGCUCAACCACCUGGGCUGGAAAAGACUGAAGAGCUCCUGGCGUGCUCCAGAGAACUGGAGAGGCUACGAAGCCAUCGUCCAGGACAACCACUCUGUGGCCUCCCUCACGUUCAAGGAUGUCACCAGCACUGCCUCUCUACCAACACUGGAUCUGGUGGAGAAACACAAGACAGCCUGGUCCUGCAGAGGACACUGUUCUGCACUAAAGGUUGAGGCGGACGCUGCAGGUCAAAGUGAAGACAAUCUGAAAGGUGCGCAAUCACUCAAGAAUAAGUCCAGCAAAGGCAGGAGCUCUAAGUCAAAGGGAACUGAAAUCUGGAUAUAA